AUGCACAGGGGGGCGGAGCGCUGGGCGCGUUGCCUGGGCCCCCCCGAAGCGCAGCGGCUGCUGCGCGCCUUUCUCGAUGCCGAUCCAGCCGGGCGGCUGCUGUUUGUCACGCAGGGCGUAGCGGGGCAGCUGGCGCUGGCCGAGGGGCUCGCUCUGCCGCCGACCGCUGGUCGCUCUUCGAAAGGGGUUUUCCUGCUGCGCCUCGCAUCUGGGCCCUUGCGCUCCCCUCCCGCCCCUGGGCAACUGCUAUGUGGAGACCUGUCGGCAGCCACCCUUGACCACCUCGCCACUCUCGUGGAAGAGGUAAUGGUGCCUCUCUUGGUGAACCAAAGAAACCAUCACAGUUGGCCCAAUGUAGUGUCCCAAGAUAUCAUUCAUCAUAUCUGCUCUCUGAAAAGGAGUGUUUUUGUGAUGGUUGGCCAAAUUAGAGGAAAAACCUUGUUGUCUCUUCCUAUUGAGCCUGAGAGAGACAGAUGCAUUGACUCUGACAAUGAGAAAAGCACUGAAUUGGUAGAUAAGUCUAUAAUUCAUGCAAUUGAGUCUUCUGUUAUUGAAUGGACCCACCAGAUCCAGAAUGUUCUUAAAAGAGAGUCUUCAGAACUGCUUUUGCAAGGCAAAGAUCCCCAUCCAAAAAUGGAGUUGGAGUUUUGGAAAAAUAGGUAUGAGGAUCUACAGUAUAUUUACGGCCAACUAAAAGCCAGAAGAAUUUUGACUAUGUUAGAGCUACUAGAUAAGGUGCAGAGCACCUACUUCCCAGCAUUCAAAUCCAUCUUCAGUGAUGUAGAAGCAGCUUUGAUUGAAGCCCAGGAUAUAAAUAUGUACCUAAAGCCUCUCCAGCGCCCGCUAGAAGAAAUAGAAAAUGUGGAAUUUAAUGAGGUGAAGCCGUUAUUAAAUCAUAUGCUUCAUAUAGUGUGCUUAAUAUGGGGCACUUCCAAAUACUACUGUGCACCUGCUAGAAUAAUUGUGCUUCUUCAAGAAAUCUGCAGUCUUCUUAUUCAGCAGGCUAAGAAUUAUCUCAGCCCAGAAGAUCUACUUAAAGGGGAAGCCGAAGAAAGUCUGAGUAAAGUCCAGAAAGCUUUUAAUGUUUUUGACUAUUUCAAACAAACCUUUGAAGAAAGAAGAGAAAAUCUUAGCAAUUAUUUUCAGCCAGGCCAAGAAGUAAAGGAAUGGGAUUUUCCUUCCAUAAUGGUUUUUGCACAACUGAAUAAUUUCCUAGAGAGGCUUCACAUGGUAUAUGAUCUUCUGAUGACAGUUUUGGACAUAGAGAAACUGGAGAAACUGGAAUUUAGUGGCAUAAAAGGCAAAUCUCUGAGUCAGCAAGUCCUGAGCAUGCAUGAAGAGUUCCAAGAAAUGUAUAAAGUAUUUUCAGACCGGACAUAUGACUGUCUGGAUGUGGCUAAUAUGGAGUUUGAGGAUGAUGUGUAUGACUUUAAGAAUAAAAUGGAAGAUAUGGAUCGAAGGUUGGGAACUCUCUUUGGCCAAGCUUUUGAUGAUGCAGCUAGUGUGGAGCAUGUAUUCAAGCUGAUAGACAUAUUUGGAAGCCUCCUGGAACGACCAAUGAUAGCAGUAGAUGCCUAUGAUAAAUAUAAUUUUCUCAUCAAAAUGUUCGAGAGAGACCUUGAUGAUGCUAAAUUAAUCUAUCUGAAACGUAUUGAGGAGGAGACAGAAAUAGGUUAUUCACCAGUGCAUAAGAAUAUGCCUUUGGUGGCUGGAGGAGAUCGCUGGGCUCAGGAACUAAAAUACAGGAUCCAGAUUCCAUUUAGUAAUUUCAGGCACCUCAGUCACUGUUCCUUGGAUUCUGUGGAAGGCAAAAGAAUGGUGCAGAAGUAUGAAGAUUUGAUCCAGUUAUUAGAAAGAUAUCAAGAGAAGCUGUAUGAGGAAUGGUUCCAGACUGUGUCUGUGAAAGCUCAGUAUAAUCUCAAUCAACCACUUAUCCAACGAGAUUCAAAGAGUAAACUGAUUACAGUCAAUUUUGACCCUCAGCUGGUGUCAGUUCUAAGAGAAGUGAGUUACCUUGGAGAAGAUCGGAUCGGGAAUAUUCCAGAAACAGCAGCAGAAAUAUAUGCUUCUAGGGAAUCCUUCAGGCAAUUAGUGGCCAACUUGGAUUUAAUGGUUACUUGGUACAACAAAAUAUUGUGUACAGUCCUAGAAGUGGAAUAUCCACUGAUACAGAGUCAGCUGCAUGCAAUUGAUAUUCAGUUGAAAGAAGCAGAAGAAACAUUAAACUGGAAAACAAAAGGCCUUUGGGAUUGUAUUUCACACAUGGUUAACAGUGUUCGAAAUCUUGAGCAAACAAUCCAGAAAACCAAAGACAACACUGAAGAAAUUCAGAAUAUUAUGAAGUCUUGGGUCUUCCCAGUAUUUGAAAGAAAAGAUGGGAAAAAAGAAUCUCUGCUGUACUUGGAUAAUCAACAUGAGCGACUGGACAAACACUACCAACUCAUUACAGACUCAGGGCAUAAGAUUCAUUUUCUGAUUAAGGAAAAUUUGAGACUCUUUGAAGCAGAUCCAUCUUCAGAUGUAUGGAAAGCUUAUUUGGAACAUAUAGAUGAGAUCAUUCUGGAUGGAUUCUUUAAUGUCAUUGAAUGUUCACUUAAAUACCUUUUGGAAAAUACAGAUUCCAAGGCAGACCACGCUCCUCUUUUCAAAAUCCAACUGGAGUUGUCUGUCCCUGAGAUGACAUUUCGCCCUACUUUGGAUGCUGGUGCCGGCGAUGGUUUCUAUGAUAUAGUUGAAGGUCUUGUCAAUGAGAUCUACCGGGUCUCUUCCCUGGUACCAAGGCUUGCAGACCAUUGCACAUUCCCUCAUUAUCAGGCUGACAUGGAAGAGAUGGCUGACCUUGCUGACAUGCGCCAAAGCUUAAUGGGGCGUGUCCAGAAGAUGAUCUCAGCUUGUUGUGCCUAUCGCAACUCCUUUGACCACUACUCCUAUCUCUAUGUGGAUGACAGAAAGGAAUUCUUACGCCAGUUUCUCUUAUAUGGUCAUGUUCUCACUGCAGAGGAGAUAGAAGUCCAUGCAGAGGAAGGUGUCCCAGAGACCCCUCCUACACUUCAGCAGUUCAGAGAGCAAAUAGACUCUUAUGAGAGGGUCUAUGAAGAAGUAAGCCACCUGGAGCCAAUCUGUGUGCUUGACAGCUGGAUGAAAGUGGAUGCCCGUUCCUUCAAAGCAUCUCUUCUGGGUAUAAUUAAAAAAUGGAGUUUCAUGUUCAAGCAGCAUCUCAUUGACCAUGUGACCCACAGUUUGUCUGACCUUGAGGAGUUUGUAAAGAUUGCUGAGAAAGGUUUGAACAAAAAGUUGGAGAAAGGAGAUUAUGAAGGCUUGGUGGAAGUUAUGGGUCAUCUGAUGGCUGUUAAGGAUAGACAGUCCAGCACUGAUGAGAUGUUUGAGCCCUUGAAACAAACUAUUGAAUUAUUGAAGAAUUACGAGCAAGAAUUGCCUGGGGAUGUCUAUAGACAACUGGAGGAACUGCCAGAAAAAUGGAACAAUGUGAAGAAGUUGGCCAUAAAUAUGAAGCAGCAAGUGGCUCCCUUGCAGGCAAAUGAAGUGGCCAUACUUCGCAGGAAGUGCGCUCUGUUUGAUGUGGAGCAGAAUAAAUUCAGAGAAAGAUUCCACCAAGAGGCACCUUUCAGAUUUGAUGCAACAAACCCUUAUCAGAUGCUAGAUGCAUCCCACGCGGAGCUACGGCAAAUGGAACUUACCAUGACCUCAAUUUAUAAAUCAGCAGAUUUAUUUGAAGUGAGUGUUCCAGACUACAAGCAGCUCAAGCAGUGCCGAAAGGAAAUAUGCAUUCUUAAAGAACUGUGGGAUAUGAUCUCCCUAGUGAUCUCUAGUACGAAUGAAUGGGAAACUACAAAAUGGAUUGAUAUUAAUGUUGAAAAUAUGGAAUUGGAGUGCAAAAAGUUUGCCAAAAGCAUUCGGAACUUGGAUAAAGAAAUGAGAGCUUGGGAUGCUUUUUCUGGGUUGGACAACAGGGUGAAAAACAUCCUGACCUCUUUGAGGGCAGUGUCAGAACUGCAAAAUCCUGCCAUCCGAGAGAGACAUUGGAACCAGUUGAUGCAAGCCACAGGCGUGUUCUUCACAAUGGACGCAGAUACCACCCUGGCAGACUUGCUCAAACUCAACCUGCAUAAUUUUGAAGAUGAAGUUCGGAGCAUAGUUGACAAAGCCAUGAAAGAAAUGGGCAUGGAGAAAGUUGUGAAAGAACUGAAAACAACCUGGGCUAGCAUGGAGUUCCUCUAUGAACCUCAUCCCCGCACAAAUGUCCCAUUGUUGAAAUCUGAUGAAGAGCUCAUUGAGACACUUGAAGACAACCAGGUCCAAUUGCAGAACUUAAUGACAUCCAAAUACAUUGCUUUUUUCUUAGAGGAAGUGUCUUUCUGGCAGAGGAAGCUGUCUACAGCAGACUCGGUCAUUUCCAUCUGGUUUGAAGUUCAACGGAGCUGGUCUCAUCUAGAAAGCAUAUUCAUUGGGUCAGAAGAUAUCCGGGCGCAACUUCCUGAGGACUCCAAACGUUUUGAGGGAAUUGAUGCUGACUUUAAAGAACUGGCCUAUGAUGCUGAAAAAACCCCAAAUGUAAUAGAGGCAACUGAGAAGCCACAUCUAUAUGAGCAACUAGAAAAUAUUCAAAACAGAUUGUCUUUGUGUGAAAAAGCUUUGGCUGAAUAUUUGGACACCAAACGACUGGCCUUUCCCAGGUUUUACUUUAUUUCCUCUGCGGAUUUACUGGAUAUUCUUUCCAAUGGCACCAAUCCACAGCUGGUUCAGCGCCAUCUUUCAAAACUUUUUGACAAUAUGGCCAAAAUGAAAUUUGAUGUGGAUUCUGAGCAAAAUCAAACCAAGCUGGGUUUAGGGAUGUACAGUAAAGAGGAGGAAUACGUUGAUUUUAGUGAGCCAUGUGAUUGCAGUGGGCAGGUGGAGUGCUGGCUGAACCGUGUGUUGGACCACAUGCGGGCCACUGUGAGGUAUGAGAUGACAGAGGCUGUAGUGGCUUAUGAGGAAAAGGCAAGGGAACAGUGGCUGUUUGACUAUCCUGCCCAGGUGGCACUGACCUGUACACAGAUUUGGUGGACAACAGAGGUUGGGAUUGCCUUUGCCAGGCUGGAAGAAGGCUAUGAGAAUGCCAUGAAGGAUUGUUAUAAGAAAGAAGUGACACAGCUCAACACCCUUAUCACAAUGCUCAUUGGACAACUCUCUAAGGGUGACAGACAGAAGAUCAUGACCAUCUGCACCAUUGAUGUGCAUGCUCGAGAUGUGGUGGCAAAGAUGAUUGCCCAAAAGGUGGACAAUGCACAGGUCUUUCUUUGGCUAUCACAACUCCGACACAGGUGGGCAGAAGAAGAGAAGCGUUGCUAUGCAAAUAUUUGCGAUGCCCAGUUCCUGUAUUCUUAUGAAUACCUUGGGAACACAUCACGCCUGGUUAUCACUCCUCUAACAGACAGAUGCUAUAUCACUCUCACACAAUCAUUGCACCUAACGAUGAGUGGGGCACCUGCAGGGCCAGCUGGUACUGGGAAGACUGAGACCACCAAAGACCUGGGCCGAGCUCUUGGCAUCAUGGUGUAUGUGUUCAAUUGUUCAGAGCAAAUGGACUAUAAGUCUUGUGGGAACAUUUAUAAAGGUCUUUCCCAGACGGGGGCUUGGGGCUGUUUCGAUGAGUUUAACCGAAUCUCUGUUGAGGUUCUCUCAGUUGUGGCUGUACAGGUGAAAAGCAUACAGGAUGCUAUAAGAGACAAAAAACAGAAUUUUAAUUUCCUUGGAGAAGACAUUCAGUUGGUUCCUUCUGUUGGUAUAUUCAUUACUAUGAAUCCUGGCUAUGCAGGACGUACGGAGCUGCCAGAGAAUUUGAAGGCUCUUUUUAGACCAUGCGCAAUGGUUGUGCCAGACUUUGAGCUGAUCUGUGAAAUUAUGCUCGUGGCUGAAGGAUUUAUAGAAGCCCGGUUAUUAGCUAGGAAGUUUAUUACCCUUUAUCAGUUAUGCAGAGAACUUCUAUCCAAGCAGGAUCAUUAUGACUGGGGGUUACGUGCAAUCAAAUCAGUCUUGGUUGUAGCCGGUUCCCUCAAGAGAGGAGACCCAGACCGUCCUGAAGACCAAGUGCUGAUGCGCUCUCUCCGGGACUUUAACAUUCCAAAGAUUGUGACAGAUGACAUGCCAGUAUUCAUGGGUCUGAUUGGUGACCUGUUUCCUGCUUUGGAUGUCCCAAGAAAACGAGACCUCAACUUUGAAUCCUUUGUAAAACAAGCUGUGCUGGAACUCAAACUUCAACCAGAGGACAACUUUGUACUCAAAGUAGUACAGCUUGAAGAGCUGCUUGCUGUUCGGCACUCAGUCUUUGUGGUGGGCAACGCAGGCACGGGCAAGUCGCAGGUGCUGAAAUCUCUGAACAAGACUUACCAUAUCAUGAAGCGGCGGCCAGUUUGGAUGGACCUCAAUCCAAAAGCAGUUACCAAUGAUGAACUCUUUGGCAUCAUUAAUCCAUCUACAAGAGAAUGGAAAGAUGGAUUGUUCUCAUCGAUUAUGCGAGAUUUAGCCAAUAUUACACAUGAUGGCCCCAAAUGGAUUGUGUUGGAUGGCGAUAUUGAUCCAAUGUGGAUUGAAUCUCUCAAUACUGUCAUGGAUGACAAUAAGGUACUAACACUAGCAAGCAAUGAAAGGAUCCCGCUCCACCCCACCAUGAGGCUAUUGUUUGAAAUCAGUCACCUGCGGACUGCCACGCCAGCCACUGUCUCCCGAGCAGGGAUCCUUUAUAUCAAUCCAGCUGAUCUAGGCUGGAAUCCCCCUGUAAGUAGCUGGAUAGACAGACGAGAAACUCAGUCAGAACGAGCUAACCUGACCAUUUUGUUUGACAAGUAUUUGCCAGUUUGUCUGGAUACACUUCGAACCAGAUUUAAGAAGAUUAUUCCCAUUCCUGAGCAGAGCAUGGUUCAGAUGUUAUGUUAUCUCCUUGAAUGCCUCCUCACCAAGGAGAAUACCCCUCCAGACUGCCCUAAAGAUCUCUAUGAACUUUAUUUUGUCUUUGCUGCUGUCUGGGCCUUUGGUGGUGCUCUGUUCCAAGACCAG